AUGACUGUCUCCCAUAGAAAGCGACAACACCAACCGGAUGAAAUCCAAACUGUAAACGAGCCAGGCUUGCAGAUUCAAUGUGAUUGCUGUCAAUGCGACUUGACCCAUUCUGCUCGUAUCAAGUGCGCCGAUCCUGUCUGUGAACCGGGAGAUGGCGUGGAUAUCUGCCCCACCUGCUUUUGCGCUGGCAAAGAGUUCGCCAAACACAAAGCAGGUCACGCAUACCGAGUCAUUGAACUUCACUCUUAUCCAAUUUUCUCUGCUGACUGGGGAGCAGAUGAGGAGCUCUUACUUAUCGAGGGAAUAUCUCAGGAAGGCCUCGGAAAUUGGCAGAUGAUCGCAGAACACAUUGGCACUCGCACAAAGGAAGAUGUAGAAGAACACUACAAUAGCAUAUAUGUCGAUUCCGCCGAUUGGCCACUUCCUCGGAUGGAUGUCGAAUUCAACAUUGAUCCAGAUGAAUUCCAGGCUCGCAAGCGCAGGCGAAUGUCAACCAUGACUACUUCUUUACCUCCUCCACCCAAGGUAGCCCCAACCUCCGCUCCCGGGGUACACGAAAUUGCCACUUUCCUCCCUGGUAGACUCGAGUUUGAACACGAACUCGAUAAUGAAGCGGAGGAUCUUGUGAAGGAUUUAGAAUUCGGAGUCUGCCAUACAUGGGGCGGUGAUCAGAUUAUAGAAGAUGAGAAUGACGCGGAUGUCCGCGCCAGGGCACGGAUGCAGGAAGAACGCAAAACUGUUGCCGGUUCCAGGAACAGCAGUCAGCCACCUAUCAAUGGUGUCAAUGGCAUCAUGAAUGGCAACGGACAUAUUCCAAUGAACGGCGAUUCGCGUGUCAAGUCAGAGGAACCGUCUAGUGAACAGCAGGCCUCAACGGAGGAUGACCCAAAUGCGGAAGAAGCGACACUGCCUCCUCCAUAUGAGACGGACGAAUCACUCGCCUUUAAGCUGACACUGAUGGAGAUGUACAAUCAGCGUCUCGACAAACGACGAGAGGCCAAAGCUAUCAUGUAUGAACGAGGUCUUUUGGAAUACAAGAAGAUGCAAGCUGCGGAAAAGAAGCGUCCGAAGGAAGAAAAGGACAUUGUUCAACGGCUCCGACCGUUUGCUCGACUUCAGACUGCUGAGGAUUUCGAAGUUUUCACAGCUGAUAUUCUCUACGAAGCUAUGCUGAGAAAGAAAAUACAAGAUCUGCAACAUUAUCGGCGAAUGGGACUUACCACUCCGGCUGAUAUCGAUAAGGUAAGAAAUGCUCAAGCGAAAGCAAAUUUAUCUCGCGACUACUAUUCUUCAGAACGUCUGGCACAGCUCCGUGCAUCAGGCAGUGCAAGAGAUUCAGAAGGUCGCAAAAGUCACGAGAGAGAAUCAACUCCCAAACUUGGGACUCCUGCUGGAACGGGUCCUCCAAUCCGCAGACCACCCGCUCCUCUCAAUCUUGCCAAUAGCCCAUCCUUGCAUUUACUUACCCCAGCCGAGCAGACGCUCUGCUCGCAACUCCGAAUUCUACCCAAACCAUAUCUCGUCAUCAAGGAGACCCUCGUCCGGGAGUAUGCUCGUCGUGGGGGCAAGCUUCGCCGCAGGGAAGCGCGAGACCUCGUCAAGAUCGAUGUGAAUAAGACGAGUCGAGUUUGGGACUUCUUGGUGCAGGCCGGUUUCCUCAAAAUCACGCCGGACCCGCCUCCUGCUCCAGCCGCUGUUCAGGAUACCUCGUACGUGUAA